GGACGCUACCAGCUUCCUCGCCGUGCCAGCUACCUAAGGUGCGGUCGACACAGCCGAGGCAUACAUGGACAUCGUGUAAAGUUGAACACCACACCAACACCACCGUCCCCUGAUCCGGCCAAUCAUGUCCGAAGCUCCACUCCAACCUCCGUCCCGCUCCCUCCGGGGCCGAGUCGCCAUCGUCACGGGCGCCGGCUGCGUGGGCGACGGCCUCGGCAACGGCCGCGCCAUCUCCAUCCUGCUCGCCGACGACGGCUGCAACGUCGUCUGCCUCGACACAAACCACGACUGGGCCGCCAAGACAGCCGAGAUGGCCAACUCGCAACCGGGCCGUGGCGCCGCUAUCGCAGCCCAGGGCGACGUCACGUCGGCCGCCGACUGCGAAGCCGUCGUCCGGCUGGCCCUGGACCGGUUCGGGCGGCUCGACAUCCUGGUCAACAACGUCGGCAUCGCCGGCGCCCCGGGCACCGCCGUCGACGUGGACAUGGACCAGUGGGCCAGGGGGCUCGAGGUCAACGUGUCGAGCAUGGUGCUCAUGGCAAAGUACGCCGUGCCGGCCAUGGCGCGGAACGAGGGCGAGACCCGGGGGUCCAUCAUCAACAUGGGGAGCGUCGCCGGCCUGCGGGGCGGGACGCCUCAUCUACUGUACCCGACGAGCAAGGGCGCCGUGGUCAACAUGACCAGGGCCAUGGCUGCUCACCACGCCAAGGAUGGCAUUAGGGUCAAUUGCGUGUGCCCCGGGAUGCUUUACACGCCAAUGAUGUACGCAGGUGGCAUGAGUGAGGAGGCGAGGGCCGCGAGGAAGGCAAGGAGCUUGCUUGGUACCGAGGGGAACGGCUGGGAUUGUGCGUGCGCGGUUGUCUUCCUUGCCUCGGACCAUGCCAGGUGGAUCACCGGCUCCAUCUUGACCGUUGAUGCUGGCACGACGGCGGCCGUGGGGACUAGCAUGCCUAAGAGUGCGAGUGUAAACGGCAGUUUCUAGACAGACAGACUAUCUGUUCCUCCUUUUCGUUUUUCU